AUGAAGAGAAGAAAUCACUCCAAAUCAAAACCCACUGCUCCACCGGCCGAUCUUCUCGUCUGUUUUCCUGCACGUGCUCAUCUCACUCUUCUCCCAAGUCCCGCCAGACCUCCCGCCGAACCCCAUCGUCGUCACUACCGGAAAGCUCAACCAAGUCCUCUUCCAUGGGCUAAGGAGAUGUCGUCGGAGCCCACUUCCCCCAAGGUCACCUGCGCCGGCCAGAUCAAAAUCAGACCUCAUUCUCAUCGAUCAACCAAGAAUUGGCAAUCGGUUAUGGAAGAAAUCGAGCGAAUUCACAACAAAAAGAAAAAUCCAAUUCGAAAUCAAAAUCCUUUCGGUUUCAAGAGAGAAAUUGUUAAUUUCCUCUCGUGUUUACGGGGAUUCCGUUUUGAUUUCCGUUGUUUCAGAGGCUUCCCUCAAUCCGACAUUACAACAGAUGAUGAGGAUGAUGAAGAAGAAGUAUUCGAACAACACGAACCCGAAUCCGAAUCCCAAUCAGAAUCAGAAGAAGAACCCACAAGAGGAAGAACGAUGUUCUCAGAAUGGUUCAUGGUUUUACAGGAAGGCGAAGAAGAAACCAAACCCAUAAACAACGACGCCGUUUCUUCACUCGAAUUCCAACCUUCCUCUGUUUCUGUUCCUCCCCCAAAUGCUCUCUUACUUAUGCGUUGCAGCUUCAAAGCUUUCAUUGACUUAAGUUCUGACAGUGUUCAUAAAUCUGACCAAAUUUUCUUUGUUCUUUUUUGUUUUGGAAAUUUGGGCAUUGAGGAAUCUUAA